AUGAAAAAUGUGCAUAAUUUUGCUGGUUGUGGUGUUUUGAUUCAAGCCUGGGGAUGGUCCAGAAUGCCGAGACUGUCGCCUCUCAACCCCAAUCCAUACCACUUUCCAUACGCAACCAAGUGGUCCGCAUAUGGGAUGAAUUACGAAAAAAAUCUGCAUCACUGUGCUCCUGGGUAUCGGACGUUCUUCGAUCAUUUUGAGGAAGACGAUUUUCUACGGAGACCCUAUCUUGAACUUGAAGAUGAGGAUCCAACUGAAAGCGAUAUGUGGAGUUCUACAACAUUCAUAUUUUCUUUCACUUAUGUGGAAAUGCAUCAUUCAGAUAGGGUGAAACUCCAAUUCGGAAUUAAACAAGACAUUCUUGGUCCACCUACAUGCAUGGAGAGGUACCACAAGAGUACAGCGAACGACCAAUGGAAAUUCGAUGAUUGGAGAGACCAUAACAGACAAGAACGACAUCACUGGAUAAAUCGUCGUCGCACUGUUCUACGAGGAAAUGUCAUGGAUACCGAAUGUAAACCCAGUAGGGAAUACAUGACUUGGUAUAGAUCCGUGACCAAUUUGUAUCUAUCACAAAAUAGAUACUUAUGGGACCCUCGAAACCAACCAACUCCUUCAAACUUCCAAAACAUCCCCUCCAUGACUUGUAACACCCAACCAUACAUAUUUAACACCCCACAACAGAUAUUUAACACCCAAUAA